UCCCUGAGCACCCGGAAGACGGAGGGGGCGGUGGCGGCGGCGGUCAAACCAGGUGAAGGUCCGUGUGGGCCUCGUAGGUCGUAUCCCGGGCGCCGGCGGUCAGAUGACCCAGGUGUGGAUGGCCAGGAUCCCCCAGCCUCCCGGGGACUCCGUUCUAAGCGGGAUGGCUGAGCAAGCGGCGCUAGGACCCCUGGGCAGAGCCUCGGGGAAGGGAGUCAGGGGGGAAGUACCUUACAUGGUGCCCCCCGCGGUCACCAUCUGAGCCCGCUGCCCAAAAUAGCCCCCGGCGCCCGCUGGCCUGCUUCAUGGCUGGGAGAUGGCUGCUGCCUCCGACCCCGUGGAAUUGGGUGCGCCCUGGGGACCCGCGCGCCCCGAGCCCCCUCCCACCCGCUUCCACCCGGUACACGGUGCCAACAUCCGCGUGGACCCCUCCGGGACGCGGGCCACACGCGUGGAGAGCUUCGCCCACGGCGUGUGCUUCAGUCGCGAGCCGCUGGCCCCCGGCCAGGUGUUCCUGGUGGAGAUCGAGGAGAAAGAGCUGGGCUGGUGCGGGCACCUGCGCCUCGGCCUGACUGCGCUGGACCCCGCCAGUCUGGCCGCCGUGCCCGAGUUUUCGCUGCCCGACCUGGUCAGCCUCGGCCACACCUGGGUCUUCGCCAUCACGCGCCAUCACAACCGCGUGCCCCGGGAGGGCCGCCCGGAGGUGGAGGCGCUGGCCCCCAGCUGCCCCCCAGCCCUCCUGGUGGAACCGCAUCUGUGCAUUGAGCAGUUUCGCAUUCCCCGCGACCGCCUGGUGGGCCGCAGCCGUCCCGGGCUAUACAGCCACCUCUUGGACCAGCUCUAUGAGCUGAACAUGCUGCCUCCGACUGCGCGCCGGAGCCGCCUGGGCGUUCUCUUCUGCCCGCGCCCCGACGGCACUGCUGACAUGCAUAUCGUCAUCAACGGCGAGGACAUGGGCCCCAGCGCUCGGGGGCUGCCAGCCGCCCAGCCCCUCUACGCGGUGGUGGACGUCUUCGCCUCCACCAAGAGCGUGCGCCUGGUCCAGGUCGAGUAUGGCUUGCCGUCCCUGCAGACUCUGUGCCGCCUAGUGAUCCAGAGAAGUGUGGUGCACCGGUUGGCCAUUGAUGGGCUCCACCUGCCCAAAGGACUUAAGGAUUUCUGCAAGUAUGAGUGAAGGCCUACAGCCACCCUGGAGCAGGGCCACGUGAAUGCAUCCUGGUCCCAGAGGUGUGGCUGCCCUGAAGCUGGCCAUACUGAUAGCAGCCAGGAUGGAAAUAAACACAGUCAUUGCUGAUGCUGA